AUGUUCCGCUCUCUCCUCACUCUCACGAAACUCGCUUCCCCAGAGUACAUCUUCCCCACCGUCGAUCCUAAAAUAGAUGGCGAGGAAUGCCGCCACGACUGCGCCGAUUGCACGGUCAAGUGGCCGUCCAAGGUGAAAGUAGAUACCACACUCCCGAUGUACGGGUACAUCAAGCAAUUCCACGCGCAUGUACUCGUGGCAACCGGGAAGACGGAUUGGGUCGGGAAGGUAGAGCAGGAGAAGGGGAGUUUGAUGGAGGCGUUCAAGUCCGAUGGGGGGAAGUCGAAGCAUGGAAGAAUCAUGGUUUCCGCAUCGAAUCUCACACCACCAGAGAACGAAAGCGGGCAGGUUGAUUCCGGGAAGACGACUGUAUUACUUUUACCGUCGUUUACCUUCGUGGACGGUGUUGCCUACGGAGAUGUGAGACAUGUGGUUGAUACGUUUAUUGAUAACCCGAAACAAGAAUCCCGGCUGUCGUCACGACCAUGUCAGCAUGACUAUGUUGUUCUCCUCUGUUCGCAUCAACGGCGCGAUGCCCGCUGUGGCAUCACGGCACCGUUGAUCAAGAAGGAGCUGGAGCGCCAUCUACGUGGGCACGGCCUAUACCGUGACCUCGAUGAUGAGCGACCCGGUGGGGUGGGGAUUUACUUUGUUUCUCAUGUUGGUGGGCAUAAGUUUGCCGCGAACGUUUUGAUAUAUCGGAAGAAGCAGCAGCAAAUGAUCUGGUUGGGGAGGGUCAAGCCUGAGCAUUGUGAGGGGCUGGUUAAGUAUACGAUUCUCCAAGGGAAAGUGGUUCAUCCAGACUCGCAGUUGAGAGGUGGGUUUGAUCGUAUGAAAGGGUUGACUAGUUGGUGA